AUGAGAGACGACGACAACGACAAGGACACUGGAAGUAGCAGCAGUGAACAUAGCGUAAGCGAAUCAUCACGAGCUGAGGGCCUAAUCGACCCCGAAUUUCACUCCGAUGAGUCGUAUUCGGAGAGCGUUUCCUCGUCUGAAGAACAGUCCUUGGACCCCAAAAGCCGGCCUUCCAGUCCUGAACAUCUGGUAGAUAAGGAUGCUUCUAGUGAAGGAGAAUAUAGCGGUGAAUCAACGUCCUACAAUUCGGAACAGUCGCGAUCCCAAAAUUCAUUUGAGUCUGGAUCCUAUGAUUCUGCAUCGCGUUCAUACGAGUCCCGUACUUCAAAGUCCUUCUCGGAUGAGAAUUCCUACUUUUCUGGCUCUGAAGCUGGCUCCCUAGGGUCCCGCUCAUACGAUUCACAGGCUUCUGUGUCGCAUUCUGGAGCGGAAGAAUCCUAUGAAUCAGAUGGGCGUGAUGAUCAUUAUUGUAGUGACCAGGACAAUACGUCGAGAUCUCCGUGUUUUAAAAACAAUCUGGUCCAGGAAAUCCAGGAUGGAUCCUACACGGGAAGCUACUCAGGCGACGAUCAAUCAUAUGAUUUCAGGAAGCGGGAAGAGGACGAGAUGAUCUCUACAUAUGCCGAGGACUUUCACGACUCACGAGUGCGCAGUGUAUCAGAUUGCGAUGAGAGCUCUGUCAGCCAUUCCAGCUCGUGCACUGGUUCUUCACCCGCGGAAGAAUCUUACACGAGCAAUCGUUCUGAGGAUGACCCAGUACGGAAGGUAUAUGGACUGAAGACAGCGCGAGCUGACGAGGAUCGAUUUCAAUCGUCGAAGGAUUCAUCCUUUCAGUCUUCAUUUGCUAACUCUGCGUUAAGCAGCACCCCUUCAUUUGCUGUCGAUUCGGAUAGCGAAACAUAUGCAGCAAAGGAUCCAUUUCAAACCAGAUUUCAUCCCAAAGAAUUACGUGCGUCAGUAGGUGGCGACAAUGCCAACAAAAGUAGCGGUCCAGGGUUUUUAGCAAAAGGCGACGUCAAUGACUUUCAGCCAGCAAAGCGGGUAUCCGCAGUCGAGAGUAAGCUGCCGUAUCAGGAGGAUGUUCCUACCAACGCUUCCGGAGAUUGUAGUUCCAGUGGAGACACUGACUCAUUUGCAGACGACAUCAAAGUCGCUGAUUCUUCGGGGAGCAAUGAAAGUUCCAUAGGAAUCGAGGAUCUUCAGGAAAAUUCGGAGACGGACGAAUAUGAAUCAGGAUCUAUUUAUGAAGAAUCUCAGCCGCAACAAUCCAAUCGGCACGGCCCUUACACCCAACGCGUUGAAAUCAAUCGUGCCAACACGACAUGUGAAAAACAGCGAAGUUGCUCAGAGUGCAGUAGUGAUGGUCAAUCAUUUGCUUCCGAAAGAGUAACUGAGGAAGACAAUGAAGACCACGCUAUUUAUUUUGGUACCGCGUUACCACAAGGCAUCGACCAAAGCCUUCCCGGACAUGAACAGAAAAAGCUCGAUAAUGACUUUUCACGAAAUUCCGAAAUAAGCAAAACACUAAGCGUCAGCGAAGCCUCAACAAUAGACGACUCUCAUGGCAAGGCUUCUCUUCGUUCUGCUCACACCUUGGAAGUCGGUUUCGAAAACAGCUUUGGUGAUAGUUUUGCAUCCACGUUCGACAACACAGACCCCUUCGGAGAUGUCUUCGGCUCGGGUUCAUUUCAUCCUGAUGAAAGCUUUGGCGGUUCGUUGCUCUCGAAGGACGAACCUCUCGGAAAAAUUACAGAGCAUAGUGUUGAGCAAAGCUCGCCGGAUUAUUCUGGCACAAGCGAAGUGAUAGGCUCUCCUUACAGUCAGAAGUUCGAUUCGAGGGUGCAUCAUGAUGGAGAGAGGUCGCUACUGGGGGGUGGAAGUAGCGUUGAAGAUUCUACUGGUAUUGAGAACAGUGUUAAGAGGGAAGGCUCGCGAAGAAAUCUCGGUAAGCGGACAUCAGCCAACGCGCUAAACAUUGUAUCACCCAGCUCUCCUCUUGAAGACAUUCCACAGAUUUUUCCUGUUACUGUAUCUGGUGCGGAAGAAGAAAAUGAAACCAUCGCUCUUGCAUCUAAGCAAUAUAACAGAUAUUCGCGUGAGCAAAUGUCAAAACUUGCGAAUGCACCACAGUACCCUUACGAAGGAGACGAAUUCAAUCGCAGUCCUAGAAGCCCAAACGAAAAGAGCAAGAAGAAGAGGAGACGACGCGAGAAAUUCAAGAGUACCGAGCUUCUUGAUCUAGUUGCAAAUGUCAAUGAUGCAAUCGUAAGGCUCGAAGUAGGUCACAAACUUGGCGAUCAGGCAUCGUCGACUGAUAUUGACCUCGAAUCGACACCACGAUUGUUAAUAUAUGGUUUUGAAGCGCUGGUAGGUAUUUUCCUGCAGCUCGCCGACGAACUAGAACUCAUAUCAACUUUUGCAAGAAAGAAAGACGCCGCAGCGAUCAGUGCAUUGCAAGUUGUAUUGAGUUUUGCACCCACCUUGGACGAUGUCUUCGCCGAAUUGAAACCAAUCUUGCAACAUUUCUUAGAAGAAGAACUUGACGAAGAAAUGAAUGACUUCCUGUACGGAAUGAAUUUUAUAGUGGACUUGCUGUGCGAGCUUACUUAUCGAGUAGGGGAGAAGCAAGAGUGGAAUGCGAGAUCGAACACGUCUUUUUCGACUCUUAUUGAAUUACUUGCCCGUGAUCUUCUCGAGGUUGUGUCGAUUUUCGGUGAUGUCGACACACCUGACUUCGAAGUUUCUGCCCAAUUGCAGGAUGCAUGGGAAACGACCGGGCAUGAGGAAGAAUUCAAGACAUUGGAGGUAACGAAUGAUUUAGAUAUGUUUCGUCAGAUCUGCUACGAGGUCAUGAUUAGCACUGAUCAAUGGUGCCCUGACACAACUACUUUGAUGCACAUUUGUGGUAUCGACCAAGGAAUCCUUGACGAACAGAGUCUACAACCCAGUCCUGAUGAUCGCUUGGCGCCUACACCAGAACAGGCGAUACAUGUCCUCGAGAAGAUCACGGGGGACCCUCUGCCUCGAUUGAGUACAUUUGCAAGCGUGAUGCGAAGGAUAAUGCCAAUUCAAGCAAUUUCUGACCCGAAACUGACCGACCGCUUUGCAAGCGUCCGGAGCAAUGUAAGGAAUCCCCUAGGCUUGUCUUCUUCUUCCAAUCUUGUUGCGAUCUCGUCGGUGCCUGAAAUUCUGUACGACCCAAAUGCACUAGGAGUCGCUGGAGUAGGGAAGACUACUCUUGCCGCCAUGGUCGCCGACCACGAAGAUGUCCGCCGCUUUUUUCACGAUGGAAUUGCAUGGCUUCAUAUAGGUCAAAAGGAGCUCAAUUACACAAGAUAUGUCCAGUGCUUGCGUGAUUUGGUCGCACAACUUGGUGUCGAUGAACACGAUGAACCGCUGUUUCCAGAGCUACUUAACACUCCUGGAGAAUCAAAAGCUAAACGGCGUCGGCGUGAAGAAGGAUUUAUGAUAUUUGUGCGGGAGACUAUGCUGGAAUUUCUCCGAUACAGAAAUGUACUAAUUGUAUUGGAUAAUGUUUGCUUCGAGCCUGAUCUUGACUGGUUUGACUUCGGUCCUUCUCCUGUAGAAGGUGACCAGGAAAAUGAAGAAGAAUUUGCAUGCGUGGUUUUAAUUACAAGCAGAUGCCGGAAUCUUCUCCCUGCGGCGGACACGAUUGAGGUCGACAUGCUUGACGAAGCUGAAAGCAUUACAUUGUUGAUCCAAGAGUCGGGGAAACUGCCUCACUCUUUAAUGGCAGGGUCUCCGGAAACCAGAGCAGUUGUUCUCGAAUGCGCAAAUCAUCCGUUGGCCGUGAAAAGCGUUGGGCGCUGGUUAAAUCUCAAACAUGCGACUGCAGGCGCGGUUAGUAGCGUAGAAGAGAUUCAUGAGGACGUUGUGAAAUCCAUGGAAAAUGUUCUAAAAACGGGAGGCCAGGAGGAUGCUGAUAUGAUGUACGAGAUUUUGAACAUGAGUCUUACCCCUUCAAUGAAUGGCGAACCAACAGUCAUUAUCAAGUUUUGCUUUUCAGCAUUUGUGCUGGUAUUUUGCGAUCAGAAACUAUUAUCUGAUUUCGCGCUUGCAGACUCGUCACCGAUAAUUCCCAUCGAAAUAGCAAAGCUUCUUUUUGAAUCUAUCUUGGAGCUCGAGGAGGAAUGCUUGCUUAAAGAGGGUAGUCUAUUUUGUGGUCAAAAAAAUGAAGCAACAGAUUUAAUACCAGAGGCUUUGAAAGCUCUUGGAAUCUUCAAGGAAAUUUCUACUUUUUCCGAGUCCGUUGAAAACGGAUCACAAAAUGAAGAGACUGAAGAGAAAUAUUUACAAAUCAUGCAUAUCAUUCAGCAAGAAUACGGUGAGUACUUACUUUCAGAAGACCUCUCACUCCAAGAUAUCACCAGAGAUGCUGAGAGGCGCUGGAAUCGAGCUCUUGGGGAAGCGUACAUGGCACAAAAUAUAUACUGGGACAGAGAUGCUCCCGGAGCAGGACUUGACUAUGCACUUGAAUUGAUGCCUUCUCAUCUGAUUAGAGGCCAGCUCUUGACUGAGGCCGCGGACUUACUUUCAAACGAAAGUUUCGUGCGUGGGAGGCUUUUUGCCGUAGGGCGCGAAAACGGUACACGACGCCACAUCAUGGAUUGUGAGGCCCUUUUCGCCGCAAUGGUAGAGCACCGCACUAUUGGUCGGAACAAACUUGAUCCAAAAGCUACAAUAAAGAAAGCUUAUCACGCUUUAGGAAGACAGCUCACCAUGGAUGAAGAUGACUACAUUUCAGAAGAAAACUCUCCAGAAGCCGUGGAAGUCGGUCGGGCACAUUUUGAAAUCGGAUUUUCGUUAGCUGAGAAACGGUGCUGGGAUACAGCAAUUGAGCAUUGGGAAAAAAGCCAAGAGCUUAUUGUUUCUGCGCUCGGUAUGGUUGAGCUUGUCGCCGGUAUACUGUACAACAUUGGUGUCGUUUAUACAGAAACACACGAGUAUGAGCAAGCUCUCGGCUCGUUGAAGCAAUGUUUGAAGAUUCGAGGGGCUAUACAUGGAGAAGAACACAUUCUAUACGCUCAGACUAUUCAAAGGAUUGGAGAUAUCUUUCUUGGAAUGAGCGACUACCACGAAGCGAUGGAAAGCUAUAACUGGGCUCUGGAUGUCAUGCACAUUGAACCAAGUCAUCACCGGAUUGAUAUAGGCGACAUCCUUGAGAAUAUGGGGAACAUCCACUUUUGCAAAGGAGAGUUGGACGAAGCCGUUCAGUGCUACCAAAAUGCGUUGCGUUCCAAGCAAUUGGAUCUUGGAGAGAACCAUCCGGAACUCUCGACGUUAUACCACCACACCGGUAAUUGCUUAUCCGACCAGGGCAAAAAUGACGAAGCCGUUGCUCUUUUUGAAGAAGCUAUUCGGUUGAAAGAAUUUGACCCAGACGGCGAAUCUGGCCGAGACGCGGAGGUGCUUACGAUCAAAGGGGUGCUCUUUAUUUUAAGCGGAAAACAACAAGAAGGUCUAGAGUGCUACGAAAAAGCCCUGCAAGUCUUGGUGACAAAGGCGUCUCACAAGAAGGAAGAGGUGGCAUCGCUGUUGCACCUGAUCGGAUGCGUCUACUUACUGAAUGGUGAACAGACGAAGGCGAUGAAACUCUUCAAAGAGAGUCUUCAAGCGAGACGUAAAGUCCUUGGAUUUGUUCAUCUAGAUGUCGCCGCUACGCUGUUCAAUAUGGCAUUUGUCCAUCAAACCCGCAACCGCCCGGAAAAGGCUCUCAAAUGUUUGGAAGAGGCACUCAAGAUUCGUCAGCUACGGCUUCCCGACGGCGAAAAAGUUGCCGUGACCCACGAGCGUAUCGGGGCCCUUGCUCGAUCAAUAGGGAAGUCCAAGAAAGCUGAGAUUGCCUUCACUGAAGCGCUUCGUAUAAGGAAGGUGAUUCACGGCGAUAGCCACGAGGCGAUUGCUUCCGUUUUACAGGAGCUCGGCGAUCUCAUGCACGAUCUUGAGGAAUAUGAAGACGCUAUGAAGUAUUAUACUGAAGCGCUAGAUAUUCGCCACGAACGUCUCGGCCCUACAGACUUGGCAGUGGCAGAAACGCUAUAUAGUAUGGGUUUUACGCUCCAAGCAAACGACGCUUCCGACCGCGCCUUGGCGUUUUUUGAUGAGUCUUUGCAGAUCCGGACGAAGCAUCUUGGCGAAGAUUCGAAUGAGGUUGGGGACACAUUAAAUAUGAUGGGUUUCUUACAGGUCAAACGAGGUGAAUUGGAUGAGGCCCUCGGGUUGUUGUGGGAAGCACUACAGAUCAGAAAACUCCAGAAGGACUCGAUAAAGGUCUCUGAGACGCUAAAGAACAUUGGCAAUGUUCACCGCGAAAAAGAAGAGCACGAUCUUGCUAUAGAGUGCUACGAAGAAUGUCUUCGAAUCCGACGAUCUGAGCUCGGCGACGAACACGAAAAGGUAGCCGACGCUUUGAUUGCGAUUGGAAAUGUAUACAGCGAUAUAGAUGAGAAAGAAGAAGCCAAGGAAUGCUACAAAGAAGCCCUGACGAUUCGUACCAUCUGUUUCGGUGAAAAUGAUGAAAGUGUCGCGGCCGUUCUCCAAUACAUGGGGACACUAGAAUUUCGUGCGGGGGAACUGGAUCGUGCACUGCAACUUUUAUCGGAAUUCAUCCGCAUUCGUAAGAAUAGCCAAACGGAAAAGGAUGGCGACUACGUCAAUGUACUCUUCAUGAUGGGCAACGUACACAAGAUGCAAGGGAGUGAAGAAGAGGCCCAAAAGUGUUGGACGGAAGCUUAUGAAGUGUUCCAAGGGUUAGGUCUAGUUGAGGACAAUCCGGAAAUUGCCGAACUGAUGGGAAAUCUGCUGAAGGAGCACGACGAUAGCAGGCCGGAAAGACCGCAUGAACACGGCAAUGGCAAAUUUAAAAACAUGCUUGGUCGGCUCACCGAAAAGAUGAAGGGCACCUUUAACGAAGCCAACAAACUUGGCCACGGACGCAGCAAGAAUAGGGGCCACCAACUAUGAACUACACUACUUUUCGUAAUUCUAAUAAGGACUUUUACUCAUG